AGGUAUGAUCCUCUUAUUAUUGGUAGCCUCGUUGAUACAAAUCACCCAAUCAUGGCCCGAUGGUGCUCCGUGCUUAAUUACAGCCUACGAAAGUAUGAACCCAUUAGAAGCAGUUGAACAUCAAGGAGGAUUACAGUUAACCCCGCCGCCAUAUGAGAUAAAAGUCGAUCAAAAAUGUUACUGGAGGAAUCAACCGCUGACAUUACAUCUACAAGGUGUAAACGAAAGCGUUUGGUUCAAAGGAUUUGUCAUACAACCAUUCGAAUGGAGAGAUGGAUUUCUGGGAGAAAGGAUGGGACAACUAAUGAGGCUAGAUGACAAUGGCUCAUGGCAACAACAAUGCUUCCGGUUUAAAAACUCGGCUACACAUUCUCAUGAUGAGAAAAAGAAGCAUAUGAGGCUUUGGUGGAAGAUAGACGAGGAUAGUCGUACAGUGCAAUUUGUAGCAACAGUAGUGAAACACCAGACGAUGUUCUGGGUAAAAUCUGUGGUAUCUGACCCGAUACCACCGUGUCGAGUGUCAAAAAUGGGUUAUGUGAACUAUCAAAAGCCAAUGCCGACGCCGCCGCCACCAGUGAAACAGUUCAAAAUGGACACAAGCCGGCUGUUUGGGACCGAAGGAAUCCAGCUGUUGCCAGUCCAGCCGUUACCCCCUCAACCACAGCCACAAUUUCGGUCUCAAUCUCAACCUACUCAACGUGUUCCGGAUACUACUACAGUAGCCACUACUACUCCACCGCCUACCACUACAACAGCCGCACAGCCGGCCUCCUCUUCGUCACCUCGAAUGAAACAGAUUAUACCUGUACCAGAUGGAUUCAAAGCAAAAACGACCACUGAAAGGACUGUCAUUCACACUACACCAGUUUCGAAACCAAGGAAAACACACACGAGACCACAAACACAGACCGUCUUUACCAAGACGACAACGCGCUUCGCGCCGGAACCAGUAGAAAUCUCCGUAACACAAACACCUUUCACUAGCGUACGUACAAGACCUACAACGGCAUUUGUACCACAAGAGCAGCAGUUUAUACAGCAGCAGUUCACUCAACAACCGCGACAGUUCACAUUCAUUCGCCCCGAACAAUCCUCAUUUCGCCAAUCCUUUAUCAAUACUAUUCAGCCCAGGCCUAGUCCAGUACCAUUUCAAUUUACUCGUACGACUCGACCUACACCCGAUGUACGACGUCCAACAGCCAUGGUUCGAUUCUGCUUUGAUCGUGACGGGGCUGAUCGCUGCGCAGAUUGGGUUCCAUAUUGUCGAAGUGAACGAUUCUAUGCCUACAUGAGGUCUUAUUGUACAAGGUCAUGUGGAUUCUGUUGAUCUCAUCUCAGUGAUUACAUUAAAUAAGCCAAUA